UGGCAAGCACUCGUGCCCCCCUCAUAUCUGCGUGCACGACUCUCUCCUCCGCAGUGCACUGCUGGACAGCGCUGAGUGCGGAGUACAGGACAGUAGGCUACAGGACAGUCAGCGCGCAUCAGCGAGGGCACGCGCUUCCGUACAGUCCUAAAGUCCCAAACAACAUCCAUGCACGAGAGCAGCAGCCACAUGGAGCUAAAAUGAGCUGUCGGAGGGCUGAUCUUCACUUCACGACUCACACUUACAGAUUUACAAUUUGAGAGGGAAGGGACGUAUCAGACAUGGACACCUUGGUGUGGAUCUUGAUUUGUGGAGCGCUGGGGCUGGUGUUUGGGUCUAAGCUGGAGCGAGCCGUAGACGAGGAGUGUGAGUCGGGGAGUUACACUCACAGCGGGGAGUGCUGUUUGCAGUGUCCUCCAGGAGAGGGAGUGGUCAAGGAGUGCGGGGCCACCCAGACCGAGUGCAGUCAAUGCUUAGACAGCGAGACAUUCUCUGAAACGUUCAGUCACACAGAGAGAUGUCAGACGUGUAGAGAGUGCACAGGUCUCAUGCGUAUGCAGACCCCCUGCACCGACUCGAACGACGCAGUGUGCGUGUGCAACUACGGCUACUUCAUGAACGACCUGACAGGUCAGUGCGAGCCAUGCACCGUGUGUCCCCACGGUGAGGGAGUGAUGUUUCGCUGCGAGCACACCCACGACACGGUCUGUGAGGAGUGUCUGGAAGACACCUACUCUGAUCGGGAGAGCUCGCUGGACCCCUGCCUGCCUUGCACCAUCUGCGAAGAGGGGAUGGAGAUUCUCAUCAGGAACUGCACACCUUAUGAAGAUGCAUAUUGUCAUGAUCCGUUGAAUCCUACCUAUCCCCCUUCCGCUAGUGAUUCUAGUUCAUUUGUCACUGAUCUGAACCAUUUGUGGAGCCCCAGCCCCGGAGAUGACGACACAACACCCAAACCCAGAUCUCCUCACUUCAUUAGUAAAAGGCUAAACGAGAACCUGAUUCCCAUCUACUGCUCCAUCCUGGCAGCGGUCGUAGUUGGCCUCCUGGCUUACAUCAUCUUCAAGAGGUGGAACAGCUGCAAGCAGAAUAAACAGGCAGCUAAUAAUCGCGCAGCCACAGCCAAUCAGACACCAUCUCCAGAGGGAGAGAAGCUGCACAGUGACAGCGGCAUCUCAGUGGACAGCCAGAGUCUGCAGGAGCAGCAAGCGCAGACGCAGACGCAGACACAGACACAGACGCAGACGCAGAUCGUGGUGAGAGUGGAUGGGGGUGGCUCAGCCUGACUCCCCCCAACCUCAGGCCUAACCAGUGAAGAAGAGGAAGUCAUGUCAUCAAUAUAACAAUAAAGAGGGGAUGAGAGACUGGAGAAGGAAACAAGGAAGCAGAAAGAGGACAAUGGAGGAGUGAAGCCAUGACAGCCAUCCAGCAAGGGACACCUAUAGCAGAUCUUUGAUGCUUUAAAGUCAACACAGAAGAUACGUUGAUGAGCUGGUUCAGCAGCACCACAUCAGUGGAUCCACAUCAAUGAUUAAACUCAGCGGCCUAAAGUAGCUACUUGUAAAAACACAAGCCUAUUACCCUUAAGAAAGUUCACCUUAAUGUAUACUGAAACCCACCACAAACUUGAAUGAAUGUUUAACAUAUACUGGGUUUCUCAGAUGUAUUAAUGUGACCUUGUGACACAAACUCUGGAUGUCUUUGGCUUCACAAGAGAACGUAAAGAGAUGGCCAUCACAGGCUUCACGGAUAUCGCACAAUUUAGCAGCCGCACCAUGGUUCCUCCACCUGGAGCCUUCUGCCUGAUCUAAUAAGGAUUUAGUUUUUGCCUUAUCUUUGAAGCAUUAAUAGAUUUUGUCUAUAAUAUCAAGGCCCUUUAUUUAAUCAGAAUUGUAUCCAUUUUCAUUCAGCCAUUUCCAGGUGUGUGUUAAAACUUUGGGGGGUUGUAUGCAGUUAGCGCAUACCGGUCGCCGUCUUGUUUCAAAGCAGCUGAUCGCAGGUCAGCGUUUAUGGGCACGACUGUGACAUUUGUUGACCUUUACUAAUGUAAUGACUCAGAUCUAUACUUGGCUCGCCUUUCCUUUUCUCUCUUUCACACUCUCUGUGACAGAAUUUUCUCUAUAAAACACACACAUAGCGUGUCAUAUUCCCUGCCUUCCUCUAGUCACUGCAGUUCGGGUUUCAUUGCCUAGAUGUUCUCGCCUUUCCUCCUUGGAAAUCUGAGUCACAAUGCAAACAGAAACCAGAACUAAAAGAGCUACAGAACUAUUUUCAAGCCAUCAUGCACUCUUAGAAAUAACCAUCUUUAUGUCCUACCAUUAUUUUAGCCACAACAUUUUUCAGGUUUGAUAGCAAUGUCUGGAAAUUAGUUAUGAUUCAGAUUCAGCAGUCCAGGUUCUUAAACGUUUCCAUUAAUGAUCCUUUAAGUACUUUUGAGGAAACCUCAUCCACCCCCUCAAUAAUUUGUCUUAACUAUUUACUAAACAAUAAUACUAAACUAAAACCCUAUAUUGCUAAUAUAUUUUAAAGUUGUUUUAAGUUGAAUACUCCAAAUGUGUAUGUUUAACUACAUAUUGUCAUAUGAAUAAACAGUCAGUAAAUACACUGACUUGAGUCUUACAAGCCUUAAAUAAAUAAGCCAAUAUCAUUCCCCUAUCAUUUUCAACUCCAUUGUCUUUAAGUUCAUAAAUUCUCUUUAAGGCUUUUCACACAGCACUUAACCCCGGGUUAUCGCCGUUCUAAACACCGCUUUUUGUGGCGUUAACCCUGCAAAACGCGACAAUUUUAGUGAAGAAGAGCCUGUUUAUAGUCUGAAAUGUCAAUUCAGUAUAAACUCGAUAGUACAGUUGGCAAAACAAGAUGCGCAAUGCUAGGCUAUGUAAAUGGGUCGCGUGCUGCUUUCGUCCAAUCAGUGACAGUGACACCGCAAAUAUGCAAAUAAGGACAUCAACCCAAGGUUUGGGAAUGUACAGUGUGAAACGUCAGUUUAUAAAUACCCAGGAUUAAUUGUUACCUGGGUAAAGUAUAAGCAGUGUGAAACGUGAAGCAAGAAAACCCAGGAUUCUGUUUACCCGGGGUUUACAAUGACCCAGGGUUAACUAUUUCAAGUGUGAAAAGCCCUUUCGUUUCUCCUCUUUGUCUUUUUCUUGCUCAGAUUCCACAGUCAUUGGACUGUAGCUCUUGAUGAGUCAUCCUGUCUAGGUUUUCCUCAUAUUUGUCACUACAUUUCUCCCUCUUUCUUUCCCACUCUCUGUCUUGGAUGCAUGAUUCAUUCCAUAGAUGCUGAUGCAGAUACAACCAUCCCAGUAGUCAUGUGCUGGAAACAGUCAUGACUAAGGGGAAAAAAGUACUUUAACAUUAUUAUCUCACCUUUAAAGUAAAAAGGAAUGGUCUGACCAAACAAACAAGUUAACACUCAACCCAGAACUAUUAAAAAUAGACAUUUGAUUCCUGUUUUCUAGUCAUCCAAUGGGAUAUUGCACUUGUAAACAGAUUUUAGGGACCUAAUACAGAUAUUCCAUAGCGCGCGCACACACACAGUAUCUAAUGGACUGUCUUUCGUUGCAUUUCUAAUGCGCUCACCGUCAGGCUCUGGAAUAAACAUGAGAGGCAUUAGUGAGACAUUCCUGUCAGGCAGGUCGUAAUUACCCCUGAAGCUUUCCGUUUCUCUUCCCCACAGUCAGUUCAUUCUCCUGGGACUCUGCUCAGCUCAGCUUCCCUUCCCUGGAGCUCUGCCUAUCCAUUCUGAGACUCACCAUCAAACUUUUCUGCUCUCAGUUCCACUAAUAUUACAUCAACGAUACAGGAAAUCACCUUUUAUACAACAAGAAUCCCCCAAAAAUCCAUCUUAUGCAGGUAGCAGUAUUUUGGAUCAUUUCAGCUGAUCUAAGCUGGUCAUUAGCUGGUUGACCUGCCACUAUUGUUCAACAGCCAACUUGACCACUUUAAAUUGGAAUGAUUAGCUGAUAAUUUUUUUGGUGGUCUGCCAGCUACCCAUUUAAGCUGGAUUUUCCAGCAUUAUUCCUGUACUCAAUGUUAGUCACAGACUGGUUUAAACUAUUACACUCUAAUUCAGUUCCUACUUGAAGUCAUGCAUUCCUGCUUUUUGGCUGGCAGGUUGUCUGCUCCAUCAGCUUUUAUACGGCUUCAGUAGCGUGCAUCUCCCCUGGCGCUGUGCUUUCCAUUAAAUCAGGCAGCGAAGGAUAUCAUUGGCUUCUGGAGUUGCUCGCAUAUUAGUGUUUAAUGCACAUCAGGGGUUUAACGCUCACCGAUGUUUGUUCUGAUAUUAGCCUACUUGAGAUAAUCUGAUGAGAUCAAGAUAAGAUCUCUCAGUCUGUCUUUGGGAAUUGGCUGACAACAGAAUGGGUAGCGUUAUCCCAUGCUUUGUUUCCUAAAGGGUUAGUUCACCCAAAAAUGAAAAUUUUGUCAUUUACUUACCCUCAAGUUGUUCCAAAACUGGAUGAGUUUCUUUCUUCUGUUAAACAAAAGAAGAUUGCUGAAGAAUGCUGGUAACCAGACAGGUGACGGUAGCCAUAGUAUUUUUUCCUACUAUGGAAGUAAAUGGCUACUGUUUGAUUACCAACAUUUACAAAAUUUUCAUUUUUGGGUAAACUAUCCCUUUAACAUAGAGCAGAGAAGUUAGCAGAAGAGAUCUGAGCGAUUGAUGCUUCUCAGGGGGAUGGUGGUGUGAUGUAUUAUAAUGAAAAUAUGGCUAUAUUUUCAUAGGUUGUUAAAGUGAUUUGUUGUUCUAAUGUGUUCUGAGAAUUUACAUAUGAAGGAGAGCCAUUUACCAUGUGUUACACAUAUAACCCAGAUGACAUCUACAGGCCGUCUCUGCAUCAAUAAGCAUUUAAAACAAUUGAAGUAAACAAGUGAAUUGAUUCUUGAUUCAAUUCCCUGGAAUGUGCCAAAGUUGUCAUAAAUAAACACCUCCACACUAAAAUAUCCACUGAAAUGGUUAUAAAUCUCCAUUUGUCAGCCAGAAAGUUCAUCAGAGGAAAACAAAACUCCCAUUUGCCAUUCACAUGCUAAAAAAAAUCCAUCCGUAUCCAUCCUUUCCUCAUUUCUACUUCAGUAAUUCUUUAUUUUUAGUUUUUUUAUAAAACUUCUUUUUUUUUUUUCAAUUUUAAAUAGAUUUAUUCUUUGAGAGCAGUAUUUUAUAGAGACAGUUUACUUUCGUAGCACUUAAAACACUCAAGAGUGUCCAUCACCAGAAAGUGCCUGUGGACUCUGUCAGGUGUCUUUGAGCAAUGUUCAAGAAGCUUGAUUUCAUGUAUUAUGUUUGUGUAUCUAUUUUGCUUGUGUGUUCUGUUAAUUGUAUGUGAUAGUUUUUUGCAUUUGUUUUUUCUUCUUCUUUAGUUCUAAGAAAAUGUUGAUGACAAUUACAAAACAGUACAUCAUUAUCCAGGUAAAAUACAGUACAUCCAGGUGAAUUUUAUCUAUUGUUCUAAUAGGUGAUGUAUUCAAAAAUGUCAUAUAAAUGUCACUGUUAAUUUACAUCAGACCACUCUUUGCACUCAACUCAGCGCAACUAUUUUUUCAGAACUUUUAGCUCUUCACCCGUAAGCCUAAAACAUGGCAAUAUUUGAUAAUUUUGUGUUUCAUAAAUAUGUUGAUAUGAAAAGGGAUUGUACAUUAACUAUUAGAUCAAAUAGAGACUAUAUCACAUUUAAGAGACUCAACUUAGGAUGUUAGCAAGAAGAACCUCCACAUGAUGCUUUAGAAAGUCAAUUCCCCUGUCUAUCUCCAAUAGACCUGAAUGUUCUCUGUACGUAAUCCAUGCUGUACAAUGCAUUGUGUAAAUCAUUUCCUGGAGUUAUGACAGUACACCUAUGUAAACAAGAAAUGAAAUAAUUCUAUUAAAUAAAAAACAAAUAUUGACUGCUA